AUGCAACAGGGGAACCAAAACAGGCCACCAAAUAAUGGCAGACCCGCUGGUAUGCCUCAGGAAGAAAAUGCAAGACAUGCUCCACAAGCACGAUCUUUUACCCAAUAUCAAAGUAAUUCGACGAGGCCAUUUAACGCGAUUCCUUAUAGCGAGGAGGAAACAAACGCUAUUCAGGGGCGCCUCAACAAAGUUCUAGGACCAGAAUAUGUGAGUUUUCGUCCCGGAACAGGUGGCCUGAAUGUUUCUUAUAUUGAAGGGUGGAAAGCUUUGAAUUUAGCGAAUGAUAUAUUUGGAUUUAACGGAUGGUCCUCCGAACUCAUCAGCGUGCUGGUGGACUUUUUAGAUGUACACAACAAUGGCAGAGUCUCUUUAGGUCUCUCUGUCGUUGCAAGAAUCACACUAAAGGAUGGAACUUUCCAUGAAGACUUCGGAUACGGCUUUAUUGAGAACGCGAAGAAUAAAGCAAUGGCUUUUGAGAAGUGCAAGAAAGAAGCGUUUACAGACGGCUUGAAACGUUGUCUACGGUGCUUUGGUAAUGUCCUAGGUAACUGCCUUUACGACAAGACUAUCAUUGGCAAAAUGCAAAAGGUAAAAGCGCCUCCACGAGAAUUAGAGCAUUCUGACUUUCAUAGAGAUCCAUUGGUUCUCAAGCGAGAAACAAACAUCCAGCGGAAACAGCAGCAACCACAGGAACAGCAAACCUCACUGGUUAAGCUAAAUCAAAACCCAAAUGCAACAUCCAGAGUUUCUGAUCAUCUGUUACCAAGAAGUGCAUCGGUUCCUCCAAAGCCGUCAGCCAAAGCAGGGCCGCCUGCUAUCAAAUCAAGCGAUUUUAAAGACCUUGAUGACCUGUUUCAGUUUAGCGAUGAAUUGGGCGAAGAAGAAUUAAAUGAUCGGCUAGACGAUUACGAACUUGAACUUUUAAAGCAUCGGGAAGUUGAAGCAAAAAAUGACAGCGAUCCGGCCUCAAAGUCUGAUGACGCAGACGAUACAUCUUGUUCCACCCCUGGUCAAGUCUUUUUCACAAGCUCAAAGAAGGCCUUGGAUGUCCAAAAAAGCCAAGAUCCAAACAGCAUCCCAGUUUAUGAUCAUAAGUUCAUCUCAUCAGGAGUACGUCGCACAAUUGACCCUUCUAAGUCUGUGAAAGUUAGGCGUUCCGAUACCGUGCCUCAGACGCCUCCUACUGCUACUCAAUCGGGCAUUGUAUCACCAUCAGUAGGUACAGGGCCAGGGAAACGCCCGUUGGGUAUGCCCCCCGGUCAACGUCAACCCAUCAAGCGACUCCAUAAAGACGUUGAUGAUCCCGAAAAGGAGAACAAAAUAGCCAAGCAGCCCUGA